AUGAAAGCCUUUUCUCGCAUAUUCAAAAACUCUCGCAAGGGUGCGUUACGCUCGCAGGAGUGCGAGAGUGAGAGGACGAACACGCUUGCCGACAUCAUUGCCAAACACGGACACGCACCAGCGACGGCAUGGCUGGACAGAGAGCGGUACCAUGUAUGGCGACCAAGAUCGCCACAGUCAUCUGCGGGCUCAUUCUUACCUAUACAAGGAUAUCUGUGCGCAGAUGGAUGGGUAUUUGCAUGGGGAAGCCCAAUCGUGCCUGAAAAGAAAGAGGAUGAAAUACGAAGGGUGGCAAUAGCAUUCGUGGAGUGGGUCCAAUCACACCACUUGCGCCCAGUGUAUUGUUGCGUCGACGCUGAGCUGGAGGAUAUACUGGGUAACAUGGGAUGGUCGACGGUGCACUGUAUAAACGAGGACGUGAUCGAUGCGGAGCACGUGUUGGAGCUGACGAGCGAGGACGACAAGGGUGGGCAUGGACCGAUGGUGAAGGAUUUGAAGAAGAAUUUGAGGCGGGCAGCAAGGGCGAAGAUAGAGGUUGUCAGGAUCAAUCGCGAGGAGUGGACACAAGAGCUGAGGGAAGAAGUUGAGGCUGGGAUUGAGGAAUGGAAGAAGAAUAGGAAAGGUUUGCAAUUGGCUGCUACAUCCUUUGACCCCUGGCUUGAUUUUGAGAACCGUCUGUAUUGGGUAGCGAAGAAGGGCGAAAAGCUCGUUGGCAUACUCAUUCUGACGCCGGCUGGGGAUUCCUACGUGAUCAAGAACUGCGUCUCGUUUCCAGACGCACCCAAGGGAACGUCUGAGCGGCUUAUUCACGAUGGGCUGCAAGACCUGGACAACAAGCAUGAGCAAGGAGGUAGCAUGUCGGUUACGUUCAACAUCAGCGCGGCAGGGGACCUUGAACCGACGAGGAAUAUAUCUGGAUGGAAGUUCACGUGGUUAAGUCAGACGUACCGGAACGUAUCCAAGGGCGCAAACUUGCUCCAAAGGAGUGAUUUUAGGAGAAAGUUCGAUGCAUCCAAAGAACCCAUGUUUGUGUGUUACCUUACGGAAGAUGGAUUUGGAUGGGACGGGAUAGAGACGCUGUUGAGGCUGUUGCGACGAUGA